AUAGCGAUAGGCGAUUUUUUUUCCUUUAAUGCAGCCAUUGGACUGCUCUAAUAAUUUACUUACGUAUUUUCAGAAUAUGUAAAAGAAACUUCUCUAUUUUCAGAAUAUGUCCCAGUGAAAUUAUCUCAACGUAAAUCCAAACUUGGAAUAGGAAUUCCCAUCUUCUUCGGUUGAACCAUGGAUAUCCUCUCGAACCCAGUUCUCUUCUUGGCUUUGGCUUUGGCUUUGGCUUUAACCCUUUUCACAAUCCAAAUUCUAAGGAAGUACCAGGCAAAGAAGAAGUAUCCACCAGUUGCCGGAACUAUAUUUAAUCAGUUGCUCAACUUCAAAAGAUUGCAUCAUUAUAUGACUGAUCUAGCAGCCAAAUACACAACAUACAGACUCCUUAGCCCCUUUAGGCAUGAGAUCUACACUUCGGAUCCUGUCAAUGUAGAAUAUAUUCUCAAAACAAAUUUUGAGAACUAUGGCAAGGGUUCGUACAACCACAACAUUCUUAAGGAUCUUCUUGGUGAUGGAAUUUUCGCUGUAGACGGCGAAAAGUGGCGCCAACAGAGAAAAAUUUCAAGCUACGAGUUCUCAACAAAAGUUUUGAGGGAUUUCAGCAGUCUUAUCUUUGGGAAAAAUGCAGCAAAACUUGCCAAGAUUUUGUCUGAAGUUGCAGCAACCAACCAGACAAUUGAUAUUCAAGAUAUGUCUAUGAAAGCAAUCCUUGAUUCAAUGUUCCAAGUUGCAUUUGGAGUUGAAUUGGACAGCAUGUGUUCCAUGAAGAAAAAAAUCAAAAUCAUUAAUGAUUUUGUGUUCAAGAUAAUCCGCAAAAAAAUCGCGCUGAUGGAGAGCUCCAAGGACAAGUCUCUUGUAAGUGGAACUAGCUAA